AUGUACGCGCAAGCCCUCUUCCUCACCGGGGCAUCCCUGUUGCUCUCUCCCGUCCUGGCGUGGGACUCAACGCCAUUCAGUCCACCCUCUGUCCCACUUGCGGUUCGCACACCUUACCUCUCAGUCUGGCUUCCUCAAGGCGCCGGCACUGCUUUGAAUGAUGCGUGGGCUACCUUCUGGAAUGGGGAUGUCGCCGCAUGGACAGGAUAUGUCAAGGUCGAUGGCAUACCCUAUGUUUGGCUUGGUGCCCCGAACGUCCCGGGUGCACAGAAGGCUACCCAAAAGAGCCUCGAGUGGACCUCCACGCAGAGCAUCUUCACGUUACAAGCUGGUACUGUAGACUUGACGGCGACUUUCCUCAGCCCGAUCGAGCCUUCUGACCUCGUCAAUCAAUCACUUCCACUCUCGUAUUUGGCGGUCUCCGUUGCGUCCAAUGACGGCAAGCCCCAUAGCGUCCAGGUAUACACUGACAUCACUGGGGAGUGGAUCACCGGCGUCGACACCUGGACGGCAAACUGGACCACCACCACCACUGGCGGCGUCCUCACCCACCAAGUUCAGCUCGCGAACCAGGCCCGUUACGAGGAAGUCAACGACCACGUUCAAUAUGGCGCUGCCUAUCACGCGACUAUCAACACGUCGGGUGUGACUUGGCAAACUGGUCAAGACUCAGUCGUCCGUGGGCAGUUCAUCCAAAACACCAAUCUUGCCAACACGGCGGACACAAACUAUCGUGCUGUCUCCUACUCCUGGCCUGUCUUCGCUUUUGUCCACAACCUCGGCGAAGUCACUACUUCUACCGAGCCGCUCGUCUACGUGGUUGGCCAUGUUCGGGAUCCCGCCAUCCAAUACAUCACUGCAAAUAACGGACGCCAGGAUCGCUCCGUCUUGUUCUGGACGAGGUGGAGGACUGCCGCCAGUGCUAUCUCCGCUUUCAUCAAAGACUACCCUAACGCACUUGCGCGCGCAAACGCUUUCGACGCCCAAGUCAAGGCUGAUGCCCUCAAGAUCUCAUCCGACUACGCUGAUAUCGUCGCCCUUUCCAUCCGCCAGGCGUUGGGCUCCAUCGAGAUUACUGUGUCCAAGGACAGGUUCGGCAGAUGGAACACCUCAGAUAUCACGACCUUCAUGAAGGAGAUCUCAUCCGACGGCAACGUCAACACCGUCGACGUCAUCUACCCCGCGUGGCCCGUCUUCUUGUACACCAACCCCGCGCUCGGGAAGCAGCUGCUCUUGCCGCUCUUCGAGUACCAGGCGACCGGUCAGUAUCCGAACAAGUGGGCCGUGCACGACAUGGGCUCAUCGUACCCCAAGGCGGUCGGCCACAACGACGGCCAGGACGAGGCGAUGCAGGUCGAGGAGUCCGGCAACAUGCUCAUCAUGGCGCUCUCGCACGCACAGAGGUCGGGCGACAACUCUCUCCUGCAUAAGUACUACGGCCUGCUCGACCAGUGGACGCAGUACCUGAUCCAGGACUCGCUCGUCCCCGCCGAGCAGCUGUCGACCGACGACUUUGCUGGUCGCCUCGCGAACCAGACGAACCUGGCGAUCAAGGGUAUCGUCGGCAUCGCGGCGAUGUCGAAGAUCGCUGACAUUGUCGGGGACAGGGCGAAGGCAAAGAACUAUUCGUCGAUUGCAGCGUCGUACGUGCAACAGUGGCAGGGGUAUGCGCUCUCGAGCGACAAGACGCAUCUGACGCUUGCAUACGGGGAAGACUCGUCGUGGGGUCUGGCGUACAAUCUUCUCGCUGACAAGCUCCUUGGCACGAACGUGUUCCCUCAGGAGAUUUUCGAUCUUCAGACCCAAUGGUACUCAAGCCAAGCCCACGACUAUGGUGUUCCGCUCGAUACUCGCCACACAUACACGAAAUCAGACUGGGAGAUCUGGACUGCAGGUCUGGUCACGUCGACAGAGGUCCGGGACCUGCUCAUCAGCUCAGUCCGCAAGUACGCCGCGGACGGCAAGAACUCGCACCCGCUCGGAGACUGGUACGAGACUGCGGACGGGUCCGCUGAGGGCUUCCGCGCUCGCCCCGUCGUUGGUGGCCACCUUGCUCUGCUUGUUGUGCCAAAUCAUAGUUAGGACUAGCUCAGAUGGAUUGCAUGUAAUUAGACGUGAUUUACUCUGCUCACGACGCUAACGUCGCCUGAUGUCCUCGAGACUGGGCUCUGUCUCCCAUCAUGAGUCUUAGCCUGAAACUCCAAGUCAUGUAGCCCUGAUACAUCAAU